AAUGAAUAAAACCAGUUCCGUUUUGAUGUUGUCGUGUUCCGUUCUUUAGAUAUCCAACCAAACCAAACAUAGAGGCUCAGAGGAGAGUGUGUCCUGUGGAGUCAGUGUUCCAUUCAUACCUUGUUACGCAACGUCGUUCACUUCUUUCUUUCCCCGCUCCAAAAAUGGCGACUCUAUCGAGUUGCACUUUAUUGCCUCUAAACUCCGACUUCCGCUUCAACCCGGUUCGCCGCUCCUUCAGGAACAAAAUCCACUGCCACCGUCUCAAUUCACAUGUAUCCCAAUGGGGAAACUUGAAGCACGUUGGUUUCGAUAGGUUUAGGUGUUUUUCGAUUAACAAUAAAGACGGUGUUGAUGCUGAAGGGGAAACUGGUAACAAUAAUGAUUCUAAACCCAAUGUAACCACCACUUCGCCUGAUGAAGAUAAAUCAACCACUCCUUCCGUUUCUCAAAUGUCAUCUCUGUACUCACUUGAAUCUGUAUACAACGAAGCAAUACUUGAUUCUUUCAAACUCAUGGAACUCCUUGAACCUGAGAAGGUUGAUCCUGCUGAUGUAAAGCUAAUUAAGGAUAAGCUUUUUGGUUAUUCCACCUUUUGGGUGACCAGAGAGGAGCCUUUUGGGGAAUAUGGAGAAGGCGUUCUUUUCAUCGGAAAUUUAAGGGGAAAGAGAGAGGAUGUGUUUUCCAUACUCCAAAAUCGGCUAGUUGAGGCCAUUGGUGAUAAGUACAGGCUUUUUAUGCUGGAGGAACCUGAGUCAGACAGUUAUGAUCCACGGGGUGGUCCACGUGUUAGCUUUGGUUUGGCACUGAAGGAGGUUUUUGAGCCCAAGGGAACCACACUUUGGGAAUAUGUCAUUGCAUCUUUGUUGUUUUUUCUCACCAUUGGUACCUCAGUGGAGCUAGGAAUUGCAUCUCAGAUCAGCAGACUUCCCCUAGAACUUGUGAAAUUCUUGAAAGAUCCUAACUAUACGCAAGUCCCGGAUAUGGAGCUGCUAUAUCCAUUUGUUGACUCAGCUUUACCUGUAGCAUAUGGUGUCUUGGGGGUUCUUUUAUUUCAUGAAGUUGGACACUUUUUAGCUGCGUUUCCCAAACGAGUAAAAUUAGGCAUUCCUUUCUUCAUUCCCCAUAUCACACUUGGCAGCUUUGGUGCUAUUACUCAGUUUAAGUCCGUCCUUCCUGAUAGAAGUACACAAGUAGACAUAUCACUUGCGGGUCCCUUUGCUGGUAGUGUGUUAUCAUUUUCAAUGUUUGCCGUUGGUCUUCUUCUUUCAUCAAAUCCAGAUGCAGCUGGAGAUUUGGUGCAAGUUCCUAGCACGCUGUUUCAAGGUUCCUUGCUACUUGGUUUGAUCAGUAGAGCGACUCUUGGUUAUGCAGCAAUUCAUGCUGCAACAGUUUCAAUUCAUCCUCUCGUGAUUGCAGGAUGGUGUGGUUUAACCAUCCAAGCUUUUAACAUGCUUCCAGCGGGGUGCCUUGAUGGUGGCAGGUCUGUGCAGGGUGCUUUUGGAAAAUGUGCACAAGGGGUCUUUAGUUUGACCACUUAUUUACUGCUAGGGUUGGGAGUGCUCGGCGGACCUCUUUCCCUUGCUUGGGGAUGUUUUGCUAUAUUUGCGCAGAUGUCACCGGAGAAACCAUGCUUAGACGAUGUGACAGAAGUUGGAACAUGGAGACAGAGUUUUGUGGCGGUUGCUAUUUUUCUUGCUGUCUUGACUCUUCUGCCUGUUUCGGAUGAGCUUGCAGAUGAGCUUGGCAUAGGUCUUGUAAACACAUUUCAGUUUUAAUGGUUGUGUGUAGUGAAAUGAAUAUAUAGGAAAAUCAUUACCAAAGGAGAGUCUAAUUCAAUUUUAUACAACCCCUUGUGACACAACUAUUGUUAACACGAGUAUUAUUGUGUAAAGAAAAAGAAUAUUAUAGGCCAUUUAUUUAGAAAGAACUUAACAUUUCGAAUUC